GGGUAGGAAUCGAAACCGUUUCUGUCCUACUCAAUUCUGCCAGGCGGUGAGAGUGAUCUGCAACAUGAUGCAAAAGCACGAGUUGCGCUACGGAAAACCUCGGACAGUUCCUGUGAGUUCACUGACAUCCAGAGAGUUCAGUGUUUCGAGUUGAGUGCUGCUAUACCCCGCAAGGGACAUCAGUUAUGGAUUAAAAAGCAUUAUGACCUUGUAUCUCACCAGCCGUUCUGCGCUUUGCCGGAACUUUGGAGACUCCCGUCUCGGGGAGAAGGCUGGAUUCAUGAAGAUGGUGGCCUUCAGGACGUCUGCGGGUCGUAAAGCCAAUGCCAGACAAUUCUCAAAAUCAUGGCAACAAUAUCAAAACCAAAACAAUCAAGAGAGCCCGCCACCUAAGGGCUUUUUCGGCUCCCGACUCCGAUUCGCUCUUCGAAAUACUAAAGUGGAAUGGUAUCCCAUUCCUGUGGGACUCGGCAUUGGCCUAUUAGGUAUACUACAUUUUUACAAGUCCCAAAGAGCAGAACGGGAACGUCGCGAAAGAGAGGCAGAGGAUGAGAUCACCAACCCGCCUCCCCGACACAGGAUCAGACCGAGCGGCCCAUGGCAGGUUCAGAUAAUGUCGACUCUGCCACUCAAGGCGAUCUCCCGGCUAUGGGGUCGCUUUAAUGAGCUCGAGCUUCCGUUCUUCCUUCGAGCUCCCGGGUUCAAGCUCUACUCAUGGGUCUUCGGAGUCAACCUAGAUGAAGUAGAGCAGCCGGAUCUCCGUACCUACCCAAACCUGGCGGCCUUCUUCUAUCGCAGGUUGAAGCCUGGUGCCCGUCCUUUAGAUCCUGAUACCCGCGCCGUCAUUUCCCCAUCCGAUGGGCGCAUUCUUCAGUUCGGCCUUAUUGAACGUGGCGAAGUAGAGCAGGUCAAGGGAGUAACAUACAGCUUGGACGCACUUCUUGGGGCAGCCACUCCUUCACAUGCUGACCACUCCAAGAAGUUUACGGAUCAUCUGUCAGAGCCCGCGCAGAAAGACGCCGCUGACAUGACGGCCGAUGCGGAGUUUGCUGAAUUGAACGGCAUUCCCUACACACUGCCCACUCUCUUCGCCGGAGACCAGGGCGGCGCAAGGAGACGAUCAGCGUCCUUAGAUGCUUCAACAGGAUCACAGGCUGCUUCAGAGGCUCAAGUCAAGGCUGAUCUAGCUCGUGGUGAUGGCACCCCAUGGUAUGCGCCGAAGCCCAAGUCGAACAACGCACUUUACUACGUCGUGAUUUACCUCGCACCCGGCGAUUACCACCGUUUCCACUCUCCCGUGCCAUGGGUGGUCGAGAGCCGUCGACACUUCGCGGGCGAGUUGUAUUCCGUCUCACCGUAUCUGCAGCGCCACCUUCCCGGACUCUUCACUCUCAACGAGCGAGUUGUCCUCCUUGGACGCUGGCGCUGGGGAUUCUUCAGUUACACUCCCGUUGGUGCCACUAAUGUGGGCUCCAUCAAGGUGAACUUCGACUCCGAGCUGCGCACAAACAGCCUCACCACAGACACAGCCGCGGAUAUGGCGGCAGCACUUGCUGCCAAGCGAGGUGAGCAAUAUCCCGGUUUCGUUGAGGCGACCUACCUUCACGCCAGCAAGACCCUCCGAGGUCAUCCGCUCCAGCGGGGAGAGGAGAUGGGAGGAUUCCAGCUAGGUAGCACAAUUGUGCUCGUCUUCGAGGCACCCAUGGGCACCCGGAAGUCGUUCGACACCGGAUGGGAAGAAGGAAAACGCGAGGGCGGUUGGAAUUGGACCAUCGAGAUGGGCCAACGCAUCAAGGUUGGUGAGAAGCUGGGGUAUGUGGACAUUGAGCAAUAAGGGACUCGGGUCUUUCACUACCUCGAGAUGUCAGGCCUGGUCUGACUAGGAGUUUACAUCUUAUUAAUGCGGCUGCUUUCUCUGUGGAUGUUUUUUUUUAUUGUUUGGCUUUUGUAUCAUACCACUCAUCGUAUAUCUCGAUAUACAACUUAGAUCAUUGCAGCGGAGAGCGCGAUUUCAACAGGAAGCGCACCCUGCGAAAAAGAAUUAUUGGAAUGGAAAACCAUUGACACUGUAUCUCUGG